GUCACCACUCAACAUUUCAAACCAUCGACAAAUUUCGUCUACUUCUCUGACAUGGAGAAAAAUAAAUCAAAAUGCAGAAGAGGGAAACAGUGCCUCACGAGAACACCGGUUGGUCACUACCGCACAUGCGCAAUCGUCGGUAAUAGCGGGAUUCUUCUCAACAGCAACUGUGGGAACGAGAUUGACUGUCGUGACUACGUCAUCAGAAUCAACAUGGCGCCCAGCAAAAACUAUGAGAAGGACGUAGGAACGAAAACGAACAUGACCUUCGUCAAUUUCUCCCUCGCCAAAAGCCUCCUGGAGAAGCUAUCAGACAACACCACACGGGAUGAAGUCAUGGAAAGUUUGUCAUUUCUAAAGCACGGUGUUCUCAGUUACGUCAAACUGAUGCCAAACUCUGUGAAGGAGGCUCUGAGAGCUCUGGAUACCAGUCUGGCACAGAGUAACCUGAACAUCUCAGUUACAUACUCUUUGCACAACGUGCCCGUUAAAACUACUCGCCUGCUACAUCCAACACUGAUCCCUGGGUUGAAGUCUCCAACAUCCGGGCUCAUCGCCUACAUCCUGGGAACGACGUUCUGUGACGUCAUCACCCUGUACGGCUUCUACCCAUUCGCCACGGACAUGCGCAAUAGGACGCUGUUUUAUCAUUACUAUGAUCACGUCCGUGUUAAUCACAGAAACAGGCACAACUUUAACAUUGAAUAUGAUUUUCUUACAUCUCUUCACAACAACGGGGCUCUUAGGUUGGUUUCAGACAUAUGUAGAUGAUUUUCUGGCCUAAAAUUGGUGAAGUUAUGUAAGUUUUAAAGGCACACAAAGCAAUUUUUGGGCAGUAAAACUGGAGUUUCGAAGUCAGUUUUGGGUUGUAUGUGUUUGCUAGAUAAGUGCUUGUACUUAUGUACCUAAAACCGCUGGAUCCGGAACUCAGGUAUGCCGGAUAUCCGAGGCUGAC